CCACACGCCGGCACAAGCCUGCUGGAGUCCAGCUAGAGCCAACCUUGCCGCUUACAACGGGGCAGCCUGUGACUCCUGGGCGACGCUAUGGCGCAGCACUGUCACCAAAAAGGAAGAAGCGGGUGCCACGUAAACCACUCCUGCGCCGAAGAAUCCACCUGGCAAUGUUCAGCAGCUUUCCUGAAACACGGUCCCAACCGGGAAAAUUACCUGGACACAACUCGCUACCUCAGAAGAGCCACACUACCCAUGAAUGCAAGCAACCCCUUAAAGGGCCUCAAAGUCAGGUCCCAAUCCCAACUGGAACUAAUGGGACUGGCGAAAUGGGCAUUGUUAAGACCUGGGGCUGGUGGAGUGCCGAGGCAUGGGACUGGAAUCCUUCUAUUAGCUGGGACAGUGUCCAAUCUAUGACAGGAGUGGGCUAA